UAUAUCCAUGUCAGUUUUACGGUUCCUCACACGAAAAAAAAGAAAAAAAGAAAAGUCAAUUAAAUUCUCUUCCUAUCCUCUUCUCUCUAUAAACAGUUGGGUAAAAGUUAAUUACCUUACCUAAACCCCCCCAACAAUCAGCAAGAGUUUUUCGUAAUCAGAUCUAAAUCUUUUGUUCUUUUCGUGACCUUUUCCCUGGGUGAAUCUGAUCUUGUCUGAGAAAUUUCCGAAGAUGAGUGAAGUGUUCGAAGGGUACGAACGACAGUACUGUGAACUCUCGGCUAACCUCUCCCGUAAAUGCAAUUCUACUGCCCUGAUUCUCGAUGCAGAACAGAAGAAGCAGAAGUUUUCCGAGAUAAAUUCUGGGAUUGAUGAGGCUGAUGUCCUGAUUCGGAAAAUGGACCUGGAGGCAAGGAGUUUGCAGCCAGGGAUAAAGGUAACGCUUCUUGCUAAAUUAAGGGAAUAUAAGUCUGAUCUGAAUAAGUUGAAGAAGGAAUUCAAGAGAAUUUCUUCACCCAAUGCUAAUCAGGCUGCUCAUGAUGAGUUGUUGGAAGCGGGGAUGGCUGAUGCUCACGCGGUUUCUGCUGAUCAAAGAGAAAGGUUGUCAAUGUCAGUGGAGAGACUAAAUCAGUCGAGUGACAGAAUUAAGGAGAGUAGAAGAACUAUUCUGGAGACAGAAGAGCUUGGUGUCUCUAUCCUUGAAGAUUUGCAUCAACAACGCCAGACUCUCCUACAUUCCCAUAACAAGCUGUAUGAGGUCGAUAAUGCUAUCGACAAGAGUAAGAAAGUCUUAACUACCAUGUCACGGAGGAUUACCAAGAACAAAUGGAUUGUUGUCUCGAUAAUCGUAGCUCUCGUCCUUGCCAUCAUCUUAAUCCUUUAUUACAAGAUUUCACAUCACUAAUGAAUCUCUGAAUCAUCGCGCUACUUAAUCGAUGUUCUUGGUUGCUUUUUCUGCAAUUUGUCUAUAUACUUAUUAGCCAUAUGAUGGCCGGCAUCUGCUACUUGAUGCUUUGUCUUCAUGUCUGUUGAAACUGAUAAUAUGUAAUGUAUAUUUCCCCUUAACGAUUUGUAUUGUUUUUCUGUAAAAUCCAUUUCGGUGAAACUCUUGGCUACAUAUGAACUGAGCCAAUAUCACAGAGUGUCCUGGGCCUGUUGAGAAGGCGGGCUUGAUUGGCUACAUCUACAAUUGGAUUGAGCCCAUUUAACAAUAUUAAUGGUAGUACUUAUUUUUUUAA